AUGGAUUCCGAUGCAACCUGCAACUUGGAGCAGCCGCAUGCUCCUUACUUCGUCUCAGCCGAACAACACCGCGCCGAUGAGACUCCCGUCAAGCGUAACAAGGGCAAAGCUCGUGUCGUGACGUUCAGCGAGGCAGAGUUCGACUUUGCCGACCUGGAGUCGCCGCUUCCUGAUAACUCGGAGAACCUUGAGUAUCCUGAGGAAGAGCAAGAUGACUGGGGCGACGAUGAGCUCGAUGGGACCUACGAUGAAAUCGCAGAAUUGGAGAACGACGGCCCUCGUCCGUCCGCUGGCGCCUUCCUCCACGGUAACCGUGGCGAAGGUACCGGCAUGGUCUGGGGCGACUCAGACGAUGAGCGUUAUGCUGGCCCAGUCCAGCAUGGUCCUGCCGGCGCUCGUGUCCGUGGGGGGCGUGCCGCUCUGCCCAAGCCUGUUACUGCAGAUCUUGACUCCGAGGAUGAGAUCAUACUGCGCAUGAAGGAGGAUGGUUUCACGGACCAGCAAGUGGUGAACAAGCUCAAGGAAGAAAAUCGUGUCCGCUAUGAUCGUAAGACCAUCGGAUCUCGCUUCCUCCGCAUCCAAGCUGCCUUGGCUGCAAAGCAAGAUGAGCGCCUAGAAGCCGAAGAGACAGACUGGCAUGAGCGCGAAGAUGAGCUCCUCCUUGAAGCAGUCGCCUUCGCCGACGCUCGCAUCGCCCUCAUGGUCCAGAAAAUCGAAUCUCGCCGCUACAACUACGCCUCGGAUCAGCUGCACAAGCUCAAGCCCGCCUCCCGCUACUCACCCAAAGCAGUCCACGAGCGCUACGCCGCUAUCAUGGCCGGCACAGCACAUAUCCCCUACGAGCUCGACGACAAUCCAGAGCAGCGCUACGCCGAGCGUGCCGAGCGCGUUCGCAUCAAGCGUGCUGCCAGGGAGAAGGAGGCCGCGGAGAAAGCGGCACACGCUGAGCGUCUCCGUAUUUACAAGGAACAACAGGCCAUGAAGCAUGCGCGGAAGCGCGAGGAAGCAGCCAUCAAGCGCGCGCGGGAAGCGGCAGCCAAAGCUCAGCGCGCGCAAAAGAUGGCAGAAAAGCAGAUCGCUGAGGCUGAGAAGGCUGAACAGCGCCGCGCGGAGAUGGUCGAGAAGGCCACUCUUCUCCGGGCUGGGAAGCAAGCUCGCGAGCGCCAGGAGGCUGAUCGAAAGGCUUUGAAGGCUUUGGUCGCUGCUAAGAAGGGAGCCAAAUCAGCCCAUCCUGCCAUCGACCCGGCGCUCUCGGUCGCCUCCAGCACCAUCGCCAGCUCACCGCCUCCACACACUCCUGCCAGGAACAAUCGCGCCGCAUCCACUGCCACUGUCGCCUCCACCAACUCUUCCCACACAGAUCCACGCUCUUCCCUGACUGUCGCGGAGCUCCAAACGCUGGUUGGUGCCCGUGGUCUACUGCGCAGGGGAACCAAGGUAGAUCUGGUCACACGUCUUGCCGAAGCUGAUGACAAGCUCAAUGUCGAGGCUAUGCGGAAGCGCCUGCGCGAGCUGCAUGCACAGGUGGGCGGCAAGCGCGAUGAGCUGUUGGCGCGGUUGGCAGAGAUCACGACCAAGGCCGUCAUUGCGGAGCGUGGUUCGCCUGCUGCCAAGAAGGCUAGUCAGAAGGAAGCUGUCGUCAUCGAGGAGGACGAGGAGGAGGAAGAGGAAGAGGAAGAAGAGCAAGGAAAGAAGAAACCUGCUGAGGGCGGUGUUGCUGCGGAUGAUGCGGCGGAGAAUGCCGCGGAAGAGUAG